GUCAUAUCAUGUCUGCUAGUCCCCGGCUUUUCAGCUUUAUAUUUAUCUUGGGACAAACUCUUGGCUGGAUGACGAUGCUAUGAAAACCGCAACUCAUCGAACGCCGUCAAUAAUGGUUCUGUUCUUGCUGCGGGGCUGUGCUUUCAUCUCUCAAUGCUAGAAGUAUAUGUAGACCAAAUCGAUCUACGUUGUCUUCGAUAAAGCAGUGUUUGUCUAUUACUAGGUGUUGCAAACUUGGACGGAUGAGGACAUCCUUUGCCGAGGAUGGAAAAUCAAGCCUCUCUUAGCAGCAUCCAGAGAGCUGUAUGGGAUGGAAAGCUUCCGUUACAGAUAACGCUUGCUUCAUCGGAGAGUCGAACAUACGACCAGACUGAUCCCUAUCUUAUCGCUUGUCCGCGAAUCUCUUAUCUACCAUCAUUAUUACCCAGGUUAAGAGCCUUCUUCUCACCAUCACUGAUUGAACCCAAUUCGCAACCGCAUGAGGGCUGGUUCUCUUUCGAAGGAGUCCCGCUGAAAUGGCACCUCCCCGUUGGGCUGCUGUAUGACCUUUACGCGGGCGCAGACCCAGCAUCCAAGGGAACAAGGAUCGACGAAACAGACCAUCCCACCAGCAGCCUGAGCGAUACGCCCCCCUGGCGGCUGACGGUGCAUUUCAGCGACUGGCCCGAUGAGGAACUCGUACGACUCGACGCAGACGGCAUGGUCAUGCACGACGCGUUCAUCAACAGCGUCAAGGAGGCGGAUUUUCUCCGUAACGGCACCGCAAAGGGAAUCAUGACUCUGUCCAAAGAGGACUCGGCCGGAUUAUGGCAGGCCGUGCAAGAUGUGGAUCUCCCCUCCUUUCAACGCAUCUCGAAUAUCCUCCUCCCGUCACCGAAUCAACCAUUCCGCAACGUCCCAAUCCGCUUUUUCCUACCCCUAUCCCCAGACUCGGGCUCCCCGUCUCUCAAGGUCGUCCAAUCCCCGUUGCCGCCUAGUAUACCAGUCACAACGAAUACAAGUCAAUCCACCAAUCUACGAAAUAGCCCCGCCUCGCAAGUCCAGACGUUAGGCUCGGCGUUGCACUCGCUACUCCCCAACCUCUUUCCUAGUCGGAGGACUCCUGUCCUGGCGAAACCGGUUUUACAUGGCGCGGCGGUGCCAAUGUCAGCUCCGAUCGAGGAGUUAGUAAGGAGUUGCGCGUAUGGGGAUGGAUGGGCGUAUAUCGUUGUUAGAAUGAUGGGAUGAUCAUGUGUUUGCUAUUCCGACUGGUUAAUAUAGCUAGAUUGCGU